AUGAUUAUUCUGUUGAAUGCACAGGCUGGUCAACUCAGCUUUGUAGUGGGAUCUCAUGUUUGGGUUGAGGACACUGAUUUAGCCUGGAUAGAUGGAGAGAUCCAGGAAUCUAAAGAUGCAGAGAUAACAGUUAACUUUGAAUCGGGCACGAGGGUGGUGAGUAAAUCAUCUAACAUCUAUCCCAAAGAUCCUGAAUUCCCCCCCGACGGUGUAGAAGAUAUGACAAGGUUGGCAUAUCUUCAUGAACCAGGAGUACUUCAAAAUUUGCAAAUUCGAUAUACCAUAAAUGAAAUUUAUACUUACACGGGAAAUAUAUUGAUAGCAGUGAACCCUUUUCAAAGGUUACCUCAUUUGACUGAACAUAGUACCAUGGCAAAGUAUAAAGGUGCAGCUUUUGGCGAGCAGAGCCCACAUCCUUUUGCAAUUGCAAGUUAUGCAUAUAGGAAGAUGAUAAACGAAGGAACAAGUCAAUCUAUUUUGGUUAGUGGAGAAAGUGGAGCUGGUAAAACUGAAAGUACGAAGAUGCUUAUGCAUUAUCUUGCCUUUUUGGGAGGGAGAGCAGCAACUGAAGGACGGUCUGUGGAGCAACAAGUUCUAGAGUCCAAUCCUGUUUUGGAAGCAUUUGGCAAUGCAAAGACUGUUAGAAACAAUAAUUCAAGUCGUUUUGGUAAGUUUGUGGAGAUUCAGUUUGAUCAAAAGGGGAGAAUUUCAGGAGCUGCUAUCAGAACUUAUUUGCUGGAACGAUCCCGUGUUUGUCAAGUUUCUGAUCCUGAGAGAAAUUAUCAUUGCUUUUAUAUGCUUUGUGCUGCAUCACAAGAGAACGUUGAUAGGUACAAAUUGGGAAACCCAAGGACAUUUCAUUACCUUAAUCAAUCAAAUUGCAUUGAACUGGAUGGGGUCGAUGAUUCUAAGGAGUACCAUGCAACUAGGAGAGCUAUGGAGGUUGUUGGGAUCAGCUCUGAUGAGCAAGAUGCUAUAUUUCGAAUAGUAGCUGCUGUACUUCAUUUAGGAAACAUUGAAUUUAUUAAGGGAGAGGAGGACGAGAUGGAUUCCUCUCAACCCAAAGAUGAACAAUCCCGUUUCCACCUAAAAACUGCAGCUGAGCUUUUUAUGUGUGAUGAGAAGUCCCUUGAAGACUCUUUCUGCAAACGUGUUAUGGUGACUCGUGGUGAGGCCAUAACAAAAUCACUUGAUCCAACUUCUGCAGCUCUCAGUAGGGAUGCAUUGGCUAAAAUAGUUUAUUCAAGGCUUUUUGACUGGAUCGUGGACAAGAUUAACAACUCUAUUGGGCAAGAUCCAGAUUCAAAGAACUUGAUUGGCGUUCUAGAUAUAUAUGGAUUUGAGAGUUUCAAGACAAACAGCUUUGAGCAAUUUUGUAUCAAUUUAACAAAUGAGAAAUUACAGCAACAUUUCAACCAGCAUGUAUUCAAAAUGGAGCAAGAGGAAUAUACAAAGGAAGAGAUUGAUUGGAGCUAUAUAGAGUUCGUUGAUAAUCAAGAUGUUCUUGAUCUCAUAGAGAAGAAACCUGGUGGUGUUAUAGCUCUCCUGGAUGAGGCCUGUAUGUUUCCAAGAUCAACGCAUGAAACAUUUGCUGAAAAGCUUUACCAAACAUUUAAAGACAAUAAACGAUUUAGCAAGCCAAAGUUGUCUCGCACUGAUUUCACCAUUAACCACUAUGCUGGUGAUGUCACUUAUCAAACUGAUCUUUUCCUUGACAAAAAUAAAGACUAUGUUGUUCCAGAGCAUGCUGCCCUACUCAGUGCUUCCAAGUGCCCAUUCGUUUCAGGGCUGUUCCCACCUUUACCUGAGGAAACUACUAAAUCAACAAAGUUCUCUUCUAUAGCCACUCAGUUUAAGCUACAACUGCAAACUUUGCUUGAAACACUGAAUGCUACCGAACCACACUACAUUCGUUGUGUAAAGCCAAAUAAUCUUCUUAAGCCAGGGAUAUUUGAGAACAACAAUGUGUUGCAGCAACUUCGAUGUGGAGGAGUAAUGGAGGCAAUUCGAAUAAGUUGUGCUGGUUAUCCUACUAGAAAGAACUUUGAUGAAUUUGUUCAGCGGUUCAGUAUCCUAGAACCUAAGGUUCUGGAAGAAUGCCCUGAAGAGAUGAAUGCUUGCAAGAGGAUUCUAGAUAAAUCAAACCUUAAAAAAGAUUAUCAGAUUGGAAAGACGAAAGUGUUUCUUAGAGCAGGUCAAAUGGCAGAACUAGAUGCAUGUCGUGCUGAGGUCUUGGGAAGAUCUGCAACCAUUAUCCAGAGAAAAGUCCUCACAUUUCUUUGUCAGAAACACUACAUUCUACUGCAGUUGUCUGCCACAGAACUUCAAAGGGUUGCUAGAGGACAACUUGCACGACAUCAGUAUGAAUGCAUGAGGAGGGAAGCUGCUUCUUUGAAAAUCCAGAGACAUUUCCGCAUGCAUCUUUCCAGAAAUGCUUACAAAACUAUUUAUGCCACAGCUAUUUAUAUUCAAACUGGUAUGCGUGGGAUGGCUGCUAGAAAUGACCUUAGAUUCAGGAGAAGGACCCAAGCUGCAAUUGUUAUUCAGGGUCACCGCAGAGGUUAUUUAGCCCGUACUUAUUUCAAAAGGUUAAAAAAAGCAACAAUAUCGGUCCAAUGUUCCUGGAGGAGAACAAGGGCGCGUAGAGAACUUCGAAAGCUUAAAAUGGCUGCCAAGGAAGCCAAGGCUCUUGAAGCUGCCAAAAUUAAUCUUGAAAAGCAAGUCGAAGAAUUAACUUUGUGUCUAGAAACAGAGAAGAGAAUGAGGAUGGAGCUUCAGUUCCAAGAAAUUAAGGAAUCCAAGACACAGGAAAAUGAAAAACUACAACAAGCUUUGCAAGAGAUGGAGCUUCAAUUUGAAGAAACUAAGGCAGUCAAGACAAAAGAAAAUGAAAAACUACAACAAGCUUUGCAAGAGAUGGAGCUUCAGUUCCAAGAAACUAAGGCAGCGCUCAUUCAGGAACGUGAUGCUGCUAAGCAAGUAGCUGAGAAUGCUCCAACUAUACCGGAGACUUCUAUUAAUGCUGUUGACAAUGAAUUGAUCAAUAAGCUUACUUCAGAAAAUGAACAACUUAAGGAACUGGUUAAUUCAUCGGAAAAGAAAGCUGCACAGGAGCUUCCUGUCAAUGUUACUGACAAUGAAUUGAUCAAUAAGCUUACUUCAGAAAAUGAACAACUCAAGGAGCUGGUAAUUUCAUUGGAAAAGAAAACUGCACAGGAACUUCCUGUCAAUGUUGACAGUGAAUUAAUCAAUAAGCUUACUGCAGAAAAUGAACAAGUCAAGGAACUGGUUGAUUCAUUGGAAAAGAAAGCUGCACAGGAGCUUCCUGUCAAUGUUACUGACAAUGAAUUGAUCAAUAAGCUUAAUGCAGAAAAUGAACAUCUUAAGGACCAGGUUAAUUCAUUGGAAAGAAAAAUUGAUGAAACAGAAAGGAAAUAUGAAGAAUGUAACAGGCUUAGUGAAGAGCGCAUGAAUCAAAUUAUAGAGACAGAAUCAAAAAUAAUUGACAUAAAGACAAAUAUGCAGAAGCUUGAAGAAAAAUUGUCAGAUAUGGAAACUGAGAAUCAAAUUUUGCGGCAGCAAGCCUUGUUGAGUUCGUCGUCCAGGAGAAUGUCAGGAAAAUUUUCACCUGCUACUACUACGGCGUUGGAAAAUGGUCAGCAGGCACCGCAGAGUUCUGCACCAGCAAAAACAUUUGGUUCAGAGGCUGAUAGUAAACUAAGGAGAUCUAUUAUGGAGAGGCAUCAGGAGAGUGUAGAUAUUCUUUUCAAAUGUGUGACAAAAGAUCUUGGGUUCUCUGAAGGAAAACCUGUUGCAGCAUUUACCCUUUAUAAUUGUCUGCUACAUUGGAAAUCUUUUGAAGCAGAAAAGACGAGCAUAUUUGAUCGCCUUAUUCAGCUGAUUGGUUCUGAAAUAGAGGAUCAGGACAAUAAUGAUUGUAUGGUAUAUUGGUUAUCCAACACAUCUGCUUUGUUUUUCCAUCUUCAGCAAUGUCUUAGAGUACCUACAGCACGAAAACCACCCACUCCAACAUCUUUUUUUGGGAGGGUGGCCCAGGGUUUCCGCUCAUCUAAUAGUCUUUCCAGCAGUGCAUUCGAUGUUGUAAAUCAGGUUGAUGCCAAGUAUCCAGCUUUGCUUUUCAAGCAGCAGCUUGCAGCUUAUGUGGAAAAGAUAUAUGGAAUCAUUCGAGAAAACUUUAAGAAAGACUUGUCACCCCUGCUUUCUUCCUGCAUUAAGGCGGAUGGAACAUCAAAUGACAACAGUCAACCUACUACUUCUUGGCUCAGCAUUAUUGAAUGCCUAAAUAGAUUUCUCAAGAUUCUGAAAGAAAAUUAUGUGACUCCUGUUCUAGUUCAUAAGCUUUUUAGUCAAAUUUUACAAUACAUCAAUGCAGAGCUCUUUAAUAGCCUUCUAUUAAAUCGAGAAUGCUGCACUUUCAAAAAUGGAGAAUAUAUAAAAUCAGGGCUGGAUCAACUAGAACAAUGGGGCAAUGAAGCAACAGAAGAGUGCAUUGGCUCAUCUUUGGAUGAACUCAAAAACGCAACGCAAGCAGUUGGAUUCUUGGUUGCACAACAGAAGGAUGGACUGUCUUAUGAUGAUCUUACAAAUGACCUCUGCCCUGUCCUGAGUGCUCAGCAGCUUUAUAGAAUAUGUACAUUUUAUUGUGAUGAAAAAGACAAUACUCAAAGUGUAUCGUCAGAUGUCACUUCUAGAUUGAAGCUUCUAAUGACAGAUGAUGAAAAUGAAGACGACAAAUCUUUCUUGUUGGAAGACAAUUCAAGUCUUCCUAUUAUCGUUGAAGAGAUUCCUACUUCCCUUCAAGAUAAGACCAUGCCAAAAGUAAAACCUCCUGCAGAACUUCUUGAGAAUGCAAACUUCCAAUUUUUGCAUGAUUAUUGUUAGUCCUCCUUUUAUGCAGCUUAGAUUUUAAGGUUCCAAAUUUGUUCUCUAAUUAAACACCAUGAUGUAAAUCCACCCACUCUCACCCCCACCCCUCCCUUUUUCUUGUAUUUUUUUAGUGGCAUCCAUACUGUAUUGGUUGUGAUAGCAAAAAGGCAGGGUAGGUUUCAUAAUAUCUGUUAACAUUUUAUUUUUGGCCUCUUUUUAAAUUAGAUUAUAUAGAUGUUCAC